GGUUUAUGACCUUCAUUUAGUCCUAGUUAGUGGGUGAGCAUUCUCGAGGUCACUUUAGCAUCGCUCAAAGGUCGUCCAUAAAUUGUGGUCUCAUUGAUGUAAAUUAUUCCAAGAUGUUUACAAUUGAGUGACCAGAUAGUCGAAAAGACAACUGUACUCACUGACCACAAUACACUUGAUUGAUUCGACAACAUGGAGUUUAUAUACAAACUGGGUAUACCCAGCCCCUCCUUGUACUAAAUUCCAAGUUGUCCUAAUUUUAGGCUUGUUGUGCUACUGGUUGUUUUUUCUUUGUUAUCCUUAUUAGGACCAAGUGCAUUUUAUGCACUUACUGAGUUUUCGGUUUACUUUUCCUCCUGUUUUUCCAACUUUCAGCUAUCCUCACACAUACAACUCUUUGCACUCCCAUAGUACCUAAAGUACUACCAGUCUAGACGUGAACAGACACUUGACCAACUGCGUCGAUGAAGGUCACUAAGCACUUAUGGUAUCAUAUGCAGUGUUGCUUGAAAGCAACUAGUCCCAUGGUAUGCUCGUCAGCGAAGUAUGGUACAAGGAUGUUGGAAAUUAAAGACGUUGAGUUGUGGGAAUUGAUACGAAAAGAAAAAACUAGACAACGAUCAUCACUCGAAUUAAUUGCUUCGGAAAACUUUGUAUCACAAAGUAUUCUUGAAUGCCUUGGCUCAUGUUUAACAAACAAAUAUUCAGAAGGAUACCCCUUUGCGAGAUAUUACGGAGGAAAUGAAGUUAUAGAUGCUAUUGAGACACUAGCGCAAUCCAGAUUAUUAGAUCUCUUCGGUCUCAGAACCCCUGGAGCAACACUUGGUGAUGCUGAGUGGGGUGUUAAUGUUCAGCCGUAUAGUGGGUCCCCAGCGAAUUUCGCUGUAUAUACCGGCCUACUUAAUCCUCAUGACAGGUUAAUGGGUCUUCAUUUACCUGAUGGUGGUCACCUUACACAUGGUUUCCAGACUUUGUCAAAAAAGAUUAGUGCCACAUCUAUUUUUUUCGAAUCUAUCCCCUACCGUCUAAAUAAGGAGACGGAACUGAUCGAUUAUGAUGCACUACAGCAAGAUGCUCUCAAUGUAUUCCCAAAACUUAUAAUUGCUGGAAUUACCGCCUAUCCACGAUUGCUGGAUUACAAGCGUUUUCGUCAAAUUUGUGAUUCAGUUGGAGCUGUAUUACUAGCUGAUAUGGCCCAUAUUUCAGGUCUAGUUGCUGCAAAAAUUAUCCCAUCACCAUUUGAAUAUGCGGAUGUUGUGAGUUCUACAACACAUAAAACUCUACGUGGACCGCGCUCUGGAGUCAUUUUUUAUCGCAAAAAAGAGAGAUCUAUGGAGAAACCUAAAGUAAACUGUUGCAUUCCUGUUGAUCAGUUGGAAACAAGAAUAAAUAAUGCAGUUUUCCCUGGCCUUCAGGGCGGACCACAUGAGAAUGCAAUAGCUGCUAUUGCUGCUAUGGCGUUUGAGGCAAGUAGACCUGAAUUUCAAGAUUAUGCUCGUCAGGUCUUAGCAAAUGCUCAAGCUUUGGCUAAUGCUCUUACAUCACUCGGUAUCCGCCUUGUGACAGGUGGCACUGAUGUCCAUUUCAUUCUUAUUGAUUUAUCUAACUCACCUAGUAAACCAAAAUUAGGUCGGGGCGAUGGAGCACGAGUUCAAAUGAUUGGUGAUCUUGUUGGUAUUGUUCUAAACAAAAAUACAGUUGUUGGUGAUUCUAGUGCACAGCAACCAUCUGGUUUGAGAAUUGGUACUCCAGCGCUAACUACUCGUGGGUUUAAAGAAAAAGAUUUUGAAAAAGUUGCUUCAUUUAUUGACGAAUUACUUGACCUGACAGUUGUGGUCAAGUCUGUCUCAAGUAAGAUUUCCUUUCUGAGUUACUCUUUAUUAUAUAAAUAUGCCAGUGUUUGGCGAAUCUCUAAAAUGAUCUGUGAAACUGGUCCUUCAAGUACAGAAAAUCUUAAAUCUUUUCAACUUACCCUUCAAAAAGAUGAGCUCAUAAAAUCCAAGAUUGAGGAUUUACGUCAUCGUGUUGCUGAUUUCGCGUCUAGCUUCCCAAUUCCUGGAAUGGAAGAUAUUUGAGCAAAUCUAUGUACAGAUAAUAUCGAUUUUCAUCUGCUACUUCGUAUUCCAAAUAUUAGUUUAAUACUACUGCCCAAACUGUGAUUAGAUUUAUUUAUGUUCUGUGAACUUUUGUAUCACUUGUGGUGUGAUAAUUGUAAUUUUCUUAAGCUUUUUUAAAUUACCAGUCUAAUGUUAUGACUAUGUUUUGUUUGUAUAAUCACCCAGAAAAUAAGUUGUUUAGUCAUAUUGCACUAUUUCAUUACUUUGUGUUAUAGCUAACAUAACUGUGACAUCAGUAAGGGUGCUCAUAACUUCAUAGUAUGCCCUCGUUUAGUUUGACGACCUUAUAAAUUGUUACUCAUUCGG